AUGUCGUCUCAAAACUAUGUCUCCCAAAGGGCGCUUCUUGGGGUGGCAUACUCCAUGCUUGGAGUCACCAGCGUUGUCUUCGUGGCAAGGGCGCUGGUGAGAUUCCGUCAACCAAAAAGGUUCCAAGCAGAAGACUUCUUCCUCCUGCUUGCCUACCUCUUCUUUCUAUCCCUGACCAUCAUGUAUAUCGUCUUAACACCCACCAUGUUCCGCGUCACUGAUGCAUCGACGGGCAAGAUACCAAUCUACCCCGAGAUUCUGGACGACUCCCUCUUUAUGAUCAAGAUCUUCUUCGCCAACACCAUGAUCUUCUGGUUUACGCUAUAUUCGGUCAAGUUUGCGUUUCUGUGCCUCUAUCGCCGGCUGAUGACGGGUAUCCCGGUGUACAUGAAACUGUGGUGGGCGGCUGCAGGAUUCUGUAUCUUGACUUUGAUUGGCUGUGUCGUAUCAAACUUCACCAGCUGCCACAGUAUGCACGCAUGGUUCACACCAGGACUAUGCGCCGAGAAACGAGACGUGCGUGCUCAGAUCGCCUCGUUAUAUUACGCCUACGCGGUGGAUGUCUUGUCAGAUCUCUUCAUCAUGUUCCUUCCCCUGCGUCUGAUUUGGAACCUACAACGGCCCACGGCACAAAAGGUUGGCAUUGGAGCUCUGUUCUGCGUCGGAUUGAUCUGCAUCAUCUUCGCCACAAUCCGCGUGGUACAGAUUGGGGUCAAAACACAGGGUCACUCAACCCCAUCCUCCUCAUGGCUCGCGUUGUGGGCGAUCGUCGAGUCGGCCGUAACUAUUAUGGUCGGCUGUUGUCCCGGCCUGUAUUCCAAGGCCAAAGAAGCUCACUCGACUCGCAAGACGUCGUCCAAAAAGAGCGGAAUGCCUCCUCCCUACAACUACGGAAGCCAUGCCUACGCAAACCAGGUCACUGGCGCGGGCAACACUACUAACGCGACCAACAAUCACAUCAGCCGCGUGAUUGACAACGACAUCGAGAUGAAGCACAUUCCUGUCAAGGUUACUGGCGGCAAGGAGUCCCGGCGGUGGAAGGACAAAAUGAGCAGCGUCACUGACACAUUCUUCGCCAACGACAGCUCCAGCCAAGAGGAACUCAACAACAAUAAGCAGCAGAUCUUCGUCAGCACGAGUAUCGAGAUCAAGGACGAGGAAGAAGGGGACCGCGCCAGCAAUCGAAGAGAUGCCGAUUAUCACUAUCCCAAAAGCCCUGUUUGA